AUGGCUCAAUUAGAUAAAGUUGUGGCAGCAUAUCGUGUGACCUCACAAUAUCCGGUAUUAUUAUCUGCUAGAAUAAUUAAUUCCUCAAAAGCUUCUGUUAGUGUUCAAUCUGUUUGGAUACAAAAAGUUUUGGAGAGGCAAUCAGUGAUCAGGUUCCGGCAAACUGUAUUUUCAGAUUAUAAGACUUAUACCUUAACAUCACCGCCAACUGACAUAACAAAUGAGUUGAUGAGCGCAUACUCAAAAUCAUGUAAGUAUUUUUGUGUGGUCAGAGAAGUGGAAUCUGGAAAUGAAAUCAAACAGUACUUAGAAGUAUGGGCUGAUUGUUCACUGGUAAAAAAUUAUGACUUGAACGCUUUAGAUGUGCACGGAAAAAUUUAUGCUGAUUCCGAAUUUGGAACUUUAGAGUGGUCUCCUGAUGAGACCAAAAUUGUUUACAUUGCUGAGAAAAAAGUUCCAAAGUCAGAACCAUUUUAUAAACAAAAACCAAGAGCACCGCCUCAUAAAGAUGGUGUGGAUAAUAGUGACACUGUGCCGGGUAAAGAAUAUGAUUGGACUCAAAAUUGGGGUGAACAGUUGGUCGGAAAGAUUACUCCAGUUAUGGUGGUAUGUGAUAUAAAAACAGAUACUAUAGAUGUUCUUUCAAAUAUUCCAAAUGAUGUUAAUCCUGCAACUGCAACAUGGACACCUGAUGGAAAAGGAGUCGUGGCAAUUGGACAUAUAAUCACAUCUCGUAAAUUGGGUCUAACUUACUGUGCUAAUAGUCUUAGUAUUGUAUUUUCUCUCACGUUAGAUGGCCAAUAUGAUGUGUUGAGUUCCAAUUCUGAACAAUUGUGCGUGAGGUAUCCAAGGUUCAAUUUGAAUGGCACAAAGCUUGUGUGGUUAGAACGCUUAGCAGGAGGACCACAUAAUUCGUGCUAUAAGCUGAUCUCCUGCAAUUGGUCUACAAAAGAGACUAUUACGGUCGUUGAUUUUGACAAUCGAAUACUUCACAAUACUGAUUAUUACAAUGAACAAUUACCAUUUUAUGGGCUAUAUGAUCAUCUUUAUCCUAUCAAUAUAAUACCAAGAAAUUGUUGGCUGAAUGAUCAUAAGACCCUUGUAUUGAGCACUCCACAAGGUGGUUCAAUGCAUACGUUCGCUAUUGAUACUGAAUCUAAAGAUAUCCGUUAUCUUCCAAUCACCAAACCGUUUCAUGAAAGUGUUACUGUAAUAGAUGUUUGCAACAAUGUUUUAGUUUGUCAAAAAUCAUCGCUUAAUAAUCCCGGACAAUUAUUUGCCAUCAAAAUACUUUCUACAUAUUUUACUAAUAUUUCCAUUCACGAAAUUUCGCCAUCUCAUAGUCUUCCUAAUAGUGACAACUUUGUUGUUGAGCAUGGUUAUACUCUUUACAAUAAACCAACUACAAUUUUCUAUGGACCAAAAAAUAAUAAUUGUCCUUUGGUUAUAAUUCCUCAUGGAGGCCCUCAUUUAGCAUCUUUAGACUUUUAUAGAGCAGAAUUUGCAUUCUUUGUUCAGAUAGGUUUUGCUGUGUUGCUUAUCAAUUAUCGAGGAUCUACAGGCCUAGGUAAGGAUUAUGUUGAAUCAGCAAUUGGUAAUAUAGGUGAUUUUGAUGUCAAAGAUGUUUAUAAUGCAAUUCAGUCGAAUCCUUUGUGGUCCAAUAGAAAAUUGGUGUUAUUUGGUGGUUCAUAUGGAGGAUUUUUGGUUACACAUUUAAGUGGACAGUAUCCAUCAGCAUUUAAAGCAGUUUGUGCACAGAAUCCUCUUGUUGAUUUGGUUAAUUUUUUUGAGUCGUCUGAUAUUCCUGACUGGGCCAUUACAGAAGCUGGUUAUAACUACUCUGAUGUAGAUAGCUUGGAAAAUUCUAAAGAUGUUUUAAUGAAAUUAGCAGAUUGUUCACCUUGCAAAAACGUUCAUAAAGUUCAAGCUCCUACACUUUUAUUACUCGGUGAAAAAGAUGUGCGCAUUCACCCAUGCUCGAGUCUAGCAUAUUACCAUCUUCUUAAGAAGAAUGGUGUUACAUCUAGAGUGUUGAUGUACGAUGAUUGUCAUCCAUUAUAUACUGUUGCCGCUGACAUGGAUAGUUAUAUAAAUGCAGCACUAUGGUUUAUCAAGUAUUUAAAUAGUGAUUUGGAAAAAUCAAUUAACUAA